AUGAAAGAGUUUAAUUCGCGUUUCACGAGAAUAAUUUCUAUCGAAAAUAUUGAAAUUAGUCUCGUUGAUAUUGCUAUUGCGAGUGAUGAACUUCAAUUACUUGAAGUUUAUCAACAACUUGAAGAACAUUUACUUGAGAAUAAAUUGGCUUGGAAACCAAAAGACAUAAUUACAGUUUUUCAGCAUGAUCAUUUAACUAUCUUAGCUCAUUUUAAAGAUAUUCUACCAGAUGGUCUUGAUGAUGAAAUUAUUCAAUAUUUUUCUGAUCCUAAUUUUAGACCUUCAUUCGACACUUUACCAUUAAGAGGAUAUCUAUUUCCAUUCGAAUCAAAGAUUAUUAAUGCUAAAGACGCAGGAUUAAUAGCAAGUUGGAUUGAUAAACGAAGAACUCCAUACCAUUUUGCAAAUUCACCUUUUAAAUUUAAACUUAUUUAUCGUGCUAGUAGUGACGAUGAUGAUGAAAGGAGUUCUCUAUUAUCCCAUAAUAAUGAUUUCGGUCAGCGAUGUAAAACAUCAAAUAGUUUUAUAUUUUCAUUAACAAAUCGAGCAUUUCCGAUAUUAAGUCGAGUCACUUCUGAAGAAGAAGCGAUAAUUUGGAGUAGAAAUAAAGGACCCUGCUUUGGUUUACAAGAUUUGCGUAUCACUUCAUUAAACCCUUUUAAUGUUGUCAUUUGUGAAAGCAGGAAACACUCAUACGAAAAAAAAAUUAUUAAUAGAGAAACUUUUGAAAUAGAAGAAUACGAAGUAUUUCAAAUUAUUAAUGCGAGAUUUUCUCAAUAUAUUAAUAAUAUUCAUUUUAGCAUGGACAGUUGUUUUGUAUACAGUCCAACUGAUUUAUUUGUGUUUUCGUCAUAUAAUCACCAAAUUGGUGACUUUUUUGAUACUUUUAUAGAAAUUUGUAAUUCAGCUAUGGCGACUAUUGCAACACGCGGCCAUAAUUAA